AUGUCUGCAGAAGAGGGUCACGGGAGUAAUGAGGGGUUGCAAAGAAUCCACAUCUGGCUUUUCAUCCCUUGCUGUCUGAUGUACCUCAUCGCGAUGCUGGGAAAUGGCACCAUCCUGCUCAUCGUGAGCGCGAAUCGCAGGCUCCACCAGCCCAUGUACUACUUCAUUGCGAUGCUGGCCACCACAGACCUGGGCUUGACUUUGUCCACCCUGCCCACGGUGCUGCCUGUGUUUUGGUUCGGCACUGGGGAGAUCAGCUUCCCGGUCUGCCUCACGCAGAUGUUCUGCAUCCAUGCCUUCUCCUUUGUGGAGUCCUCGGUGUUUCUGGCUAUGGUCUUUGAUCACUACAUGGCCAUCUGCUACCCUCUGAGGUACUCCUCCAUCCUCACCAGUGCCAGGAUUGCAAAGAUUGGGCUGGGGAUGGUCUGCCGCUCUCUGACACUGCUCCCACUCAUCUGCCUGCUCACGCGGCUGCCGUUCUGCAGAUCCCACAAGCUGUCCCACUCCUAUUGUCUGCACCAGGACAUAAUACGGCUGGCGUGCACAGACUACACCCUGAACAGCCUGUACGGCCUAACCCUGGUGCUGUUCGUGACCCUAGACGCAGUGCUCAUCACCUUGUCCUACACCAUGAUCAUUAAGGCCGUGCUGGGCAUCACCUCCAGAGCACAGCAGACCAAAGCCUUGAACACUUGUGUUUCUCACUUCUGCGCUGUCGUCAUCUUCUACGUUCCCUUGGUCGGCCUAUCCAUUAUACACAGAUACGGGAAGAAUGCUGCACCCUUCAGCAAUGUUCUCGUGGCCAACGUCUACCUUUUUGUCCCUCCUGCUUUGAACUCCAUCGUCUACAGCAUGAAAAACAAGCCCAUUCGCAAAGCCUUCCUCAGGCUCCUGUGUUAA